CCGGUUUCAUGUAAUUGUCCAAAGGCCAGUUGGUCCCAGAGCGUAUAAAGCUGCCAGCUGGCUAACCACCACAUUCUCUUCCAGCAACUGUGGAAGCCAGGGAGUGGUAGGGUCAGGGCGCUGGGUUCCCGAGGAGCAGGGAUGCGGAACAGAACUGGCCUAAUUCUCUGCGCUCUUGCCCUCCUGACAGGUUUCCUGAUGAUCUGCCUGGGAGCUUUCUUCAUCUCCUCAGGUUCCACAUUCAACUGUCGGGGGAACUUGGUCAUGGCCUAUUUGCUUCUGCCUCUGGGGUUUGUGAUCCUUCUGAGUGGAAUUUUCUGGAGCACCUACCGCCAGGCGAGUGAAGGCAAAAGGGUAUUCAGCCAUGUGCUCAGGCAACACCUCGUGCAAGGGACCCUGCCUGUGGUCACAGUGGACAGGCCAGACUUUUACCCUCCGGCUUAUGAAGAAAGUCUCGAUGCAGAAAAACAGACGGGUGUUGCAGAGGGAGAGGUCUCUGACGGCCCUCCACCUGUGUAUACAGAGACAGGCCUUGACUUUGAAGAGGAAAAUGAUGGCCACCCUGAGGCUCCACCAUCCUACGAAGAGUCUGUAGCAGACCUGGAGUCUGCAGCUACAUCCGAGGGAGCUGAGAGGCAGAGCUGAGAAUGCUGAAAAUCACGCAGGUUCCCCAGCACUCACACACACCCUUAUGGGAACCAGGUGCUGAUCAUAAAGACAGACAAUGGAUGGUGGAAGGAAAAGUCACCUCAGCAACUCUGCACAAGGGUUCACGGAGGAGAUGCUGUAUGUGACAGCCAUGGACGUCCAAGACAUACUAGCCAGGCCAGCGCAGGAGGGGGGCUCUGCAAGCGUGUGACCAGCCCCAAGCAGACAUUUCAGAGGAUUCCCAAUAAUCCCAGCCCAGAGGAGCCUUGGGCCCCCCAAACCUGUUGGGAGAGCUUUGCUCACAGUGGGGCCUUUUGCUCUUGUUCAACCCCUCCCUCGUUUCCUCAGCCCCAACCAGGAAGGAAUAGAUGUAGCCAGUCAGGACAGCCAUGUUCCUUGAAGCAUGGUGUUACCUAAUAAGCACACAUGGAAAGUAUCAGCCAGGAAGGAUUGCUGCUGUUUAAUGUAAGAGUUGCUCAGGGUUUGGUUAGCUGAUUUCAGUUACCCAUUGACCAUGUUACCAGAGUAACACAGUAAUUCACCUCAUGCCCGUAGAACCCAUGAAUGUGUUUUGUAUUAUUUUAAAUUAUGUAGAUUUUUUAACAUAAAAGGAAAGUGACUAUAAUAUUUGCUGCCAAAAUGGUUCAAACAUAAAAUCUUAUAUGAGUUAUUUUUUAAAAGAAAUCCUCAUAUAAGAAGCUAGGAUACAAUUUCUCAUAGAUGUAAAUGGAUAGAAUACUUACUGCAGGGGGAAAUUUUGCACUAGUCAUAGAUGGUCUAAAAAUAAAAUUUGAUAUAACUCCUUACAGUUUUAAAAAUAUUUGUACAUACUUUAAAUAACCCCUCAUAAAUCUCUAGAACUUAAGAGACAAGAGACGAUAAUGACAUAACUCAUCAUUAACAGAAAUUCCUUCUGUGUCAAGAUACAGAUCUUGACUUUAAGACUCAGGACAAUGAUUUCAAAGCCCAAUGAUUCCUCCUCAGCUUUGUUAUAUUUUACUGUAUUUUUAAUUCAAGAGAAGUUGGGUAGCCAGGUGAUGGAAAGGGAUGCAGCCCAAUGGUUGUGAACUUAGAUGAGGUUUUCAUCUCUCUAGGCCUCGGUUUCUUCCUCUCCCAUGCGAGGAAUUUUUGCUAGGAUUAAUAUCUAACAGUUAUAGAAUGCCUUUUAUACGGCAAACUGGGUGCUAUGAACCUUUCAUGUUUGUUAUUUAGCGCUCAUUCCACCUUUAAGAAAUAGGUGCUUAUUCCCACUUUACAUGCAUCAAAUGGAGACUUCGAGAAGUAACACACAGUGACUUCCAGGAGGGUGAAGAAGCGUCAUAAGGCAUGUGGGAGGACCUAGUUCAUUUAAAACUUCUGGGUUCGGUGAGUCAUCUUCCCUCCUUCCAAGGAGUGGUUUGGAUUUCUCUCCCUGUUCAGAAAAUGGGCCCUAAUAGAAAGUGGAGCUCUGGGGUUGCUGAAAUAUCUCAAAGCCCUUGGAGAGACAGGAAAGGCAGGAGAGGUUGCUGUAGGUUAAUGGUUUCUCUUUUAAAAUAUAAAUGAGCCUGCCCUGUUUUCGGCCUAGGAGCUGGGCCCUCGCCUCACAGUGUAGUUUCACCUAAUCUGAUCGUUAUACUGAUGAUGAAGAACACUUUCUAGUGGACGGCAGCCCUGGUGAAUGGGCAUUGGAAGGCUUCAGAAAGGUGAAGGGAAGAAUGUAGAAGAGAAGGAGAGUGUCGAGAUGAGAUGUAGCCUCUGUGCCCUCCUCUUCCCCAUCAUCACUGAGAGCACAGAUUAAAUAUUGUCCUGACAAAUGUACAAGAAAUCACAUAAAAAGAUAUCCUGGUCUGUAAAGCAUGAAUUUGGGACUGUAAUUUGCCUCUUUGACACAGAGGGCAUACAUGUGAGUGAAGCUCCCACAUGGUUGUCCAGUAGGAAGGCUGUCACUCACUAGUAAUGUAGUAACUCUUCUCAUCAUCUCUUUCUAUCCCUUUACUAAGACAGUUAUUCUGAAACUUUGAAAAAUUAUUAAUUUUUAAUUGCCAGAGGACAUUUGUGCUCACCAGAGAGAGACAGAAGGGAGGAUAAAG